AUGGCCCAAAAGCGUAAGGCCUCUGCUGAGAGGUCUGAUCCAGGGAAAAGACACCAGCAAAGUGCUGUUGACAGUGAUGCUGAUGGUAUGUAUGAAGACCCGAUGCACGAAGAGACAUACUCCGAUGGCGAGUACUCAGUAUCAGAUACUCCUAGCUUGGCAAGUGGUGAUAUAGAUGAGACACCAGCUACUCCAUUUUCUACGACCUCCGCACGAUAUCCAUCCGAACUCAAGACCCGCCGAUGUCCGUUCGAUGGGUGUGAUAAAGCAUUCAACCGUCCAGCUCGACUACAAGAGCACAUUCGAUCUCACAAUAACGAGCGAAUUUUCAAAUGUACUUUCCAGACAUGCGACAAGACUUUCUUACGAGCAUCACACCUCAAUCAUCAUAUAAAGAGUGCACACACAGGAGUUCGAGACUACGUCUGUGACCGUCCAGGGUGCGGCAAGAGUUUUGUAACUGGUUCUCGACUUCGACGCCAUCUUGCUGCACAUGAUGGAAGGGACAAGUUCACCUGUCCAGAUUGUGAGGAGACCUUCCGAAAGCACUCCACCCUGCAGAAACACAUUACAAAAAUUCAUCUGCACCAGAAGCCUUUUCCCUGUCCCCAUAUUGAUCUGACUUCUGGACAGCAAUGUCAAAUGGCUUUCGAGACUGCUGGUCAUCUCCGGUCCCACCAAAGUAGAAUCCACACGGAAAAAAGAUUCAGCUGUGCGGAAUGCACCCAGGAUCAACAAGAGCAAGGAUCUAGUAUGGACACUUCCGAGAACAAUGAAUCAUCAGUUGUAUUCCCCACCUACGCCCUUUUGCAAUCCCAUAUUCGCAAUGUUCAUCCUCCACAAUGUCCUCACUGUCCGAUUGUCUGCUCGACUUCUCGAGAACUUCGGCGCCAUCUUGAUGUUGCCCACGGGGAUGUCACCUUGCAGGAGCGGAAAGUGUUUGCCUGUACCGUUCCUGAAUGUGACCGAAGCUUCACCAAAAAGGGAAAUCUCUCAGUCCAUAUUAGAACCGUUCACGAGGGCGAAAAGCGCUUUGGCUGUGGAGAAACGGAUCUCUCCUCUUCAAGUAAAGUGCCAGGAUGGGAUGGGAUCGGCUGUGGGAAACGAUACGGUAGCAAACUCGCUCUCGAAGAGCAUAUUCGUACAGCUCAUUUGGGCCUCCCAAACGCUAAGGCAGAACGCCGCCAACGACUUGGAAUUGGGAAGAAAUCAGCCGGAAAGAUUAAGCAAAUAUCUACAUUGGCAGCGUUGACAGGCCAUGGCUAUGCUGAGGAAUCAGGUCGACACAUCGCUUGUCUUUACGAAACUUGUGAACACAGAUUCCACCGCGACUACGAUCUAUGGGUUCAUAUGACUACCAAACAUGGGUGCUCAGAAGAUGAAGUCCAGGGUCUAUUCAUGCAGCGUGCACUACUUGGAGACCAGAAUGAACCCGGUGGGAAUUCUUUCGGUAUCUAUGGCCUUGAAUUUGACCAAGAUGGUACAUCUUCCCAGCCAUUUGCAUCAACUGCGCUACCGAAUUUCCACCACGAUCCCUUUCCUUUUCCCGAACCGGACUUUAUGAAGCAAUCUCUGUUUCAGGAUGCUGCUCAAGUUAAUGAUUCUAUGAUACCCCAUGACGAGAUAGCGAUUGACCCAGUCUUGGGAUAUGACUUGAUGGAGGAAUGA